CUUCUUCUUCUUCUUAUUAAUGGUUUCCAAAUGCACGUCGUGCGGUGUAGUUAGAAGAGUGACAUAUUGUUGACUUUUAAAACCGCAAUCAUAUAUUAACCAUUAGCAAGUACUGUUCUAAUUUAAGUAUGGCAAAAUUUGACUUAACAAGUUCACUAGCGCCAUACUUGGAUCGCCAUUUAGUUUUUCCACUACUCGAAUUUUUAUCUGCUAAAAAGAUUUAUAAUGAAAAUGAGAUUCUUCAGACAAAGCUAAGCAUUCUAAAUAAGACUAACAUGGUUGACUACAUUCUUGAGAUUCGCCAACAGUUGAAGUUGAGUGAAGAAGAGUCAGAGCCAAUAAAUGCACUACAGAAGAAGAGAGAACACGUGUUGGAGCAGCUGCAGCAACUCCAGAGUGAGGCGCAGGUGGUCAUCAACAUUAUGAACAAUGAGGAGGCUAGCAAGAGUCUGGAUGGAAUGAGAGACUCCAAGAGUAUAACCCAUUUCCUCCAGAAUGAGUAUGGUUUGAAACCAGAAAUGAUGGAAAGUCUGUACAAGUUGGCCAAGUUCAGAUACGAGUGUGGAAACUAUUCAGUCACUUCCACCCUCCUUUACUUCUACAUCAAUGUCAUGCCCACAACAGACAAGAAUUACCUGAACGUCCUGUGGGGUAAGUUAGCUUCAGAAAUCCUGCUGCAGCAAUGGGACAGUGCAUUGGAGGAGCUUAACCGACUAAGAGACUUCAUCGACUGCAACAGUUUUGGUUCUUCCCUUCAGCUGCUGACACAGCGCACCUGGCUCAUCCACUGGAGCCUGUUCGUGUUCUUCAACCACACCAAGGGACGUGACCUCAUCAUUGACAUGCUCCUUUACAAGCCCAAUUACCUAAAUGCUAUACAGACUAUGUGCCCCCACAUCCUGCGCUACCUGGCAACAGCUGUUAUCAUUAACCGGCCACGCAGAAGUGCUCUCAAGGAUUUAGUCAAAGUUAUACAACAGGAAUCAUACACGUAUAAAGACCCAAUAACUGAGUUCUUGGAGCACCUUUAUGUCAAUUUUGACUUUGAGAGUGCGAGACUAAAGCUGCACGAGUGUCAGACAGUCCUCUACAACGACUUCUUCCUCAUCGCUUGUCUUGAAGAUUUCAUUGAGAAUGCCAGACUCAUGAUAUUUGAAACAUUCUGCCGCAUCCAUCAGUGCAUCAGCAUACAAAUGUUGGCAUCCAAACUGAACAUGAGCCCUGAUGAGGCGGAGUGCUGGAUCGUGAACCUGAUCCGAAAUGCCAGGCUGGAUGCAAAGAUCGACUCAAAGCUGGGUCACGUGGUGAUGGGUACUCAACCACUAUCUCCCUAUCAGCAGCUGUUGGAGAAGAUUGACUCACUGAGUGUGCGCUCAGAAGCUCUCCUGACACUUAUAGAGCGAAAACUCAAGUCUCGCACACAGGACAUUCGAUGGGGAGCCCAAGAUUUCGCCAUCAACGCUUGAUCUAACCAACAUCUUUUUUGUAUUAAUCAUUAAAUGGGAUUACAAAA